AUGAUGUACGAUUUAUCGCCGUGUUCUUUAACUCAUAGUUUUGAUCAUUAUGUCGGCAUCACAGUAGAGGACUGUAUUUUGGCUUGCAGACGACGGAAAAUAUGCGCGGCAGUUAACUACAACCGUUACAAUAAGCUUUGCGCUCUCAGAAAAAGCAGCGAAAUCGAGCUACUGGGUUCCGAACCAGAAUGGUGCUAUGAUAUUGUCAUAAGCAAUGAAACUGCUGUUCUAGAUGGUCCUUGUAAAGACAAUCCAUGUAAUGAAACUAGCAUUUGCCUGAAUUCUACCAAAUUCCCUUUCUUCAAAUGUAGGCUGGAAUACUGUUUACCGGAACAAGAAGUUGCAAAUGCUGCAUUUCGAAACAAAGUGCUGAGUCUUGUUGGUGACAGAAAUGAGCUUGUUUGUGACAAAGGAUUUACUCCAUUCGGAAAGCAAUCUUUGACUUGUCUCAAAGGCGGUAACUGGUCAACCACAGAUCUACAAUGUCUCAAGACAUGCACAUCUAUUCCAUUGAAAUCAACGGCAGUCGUGUCCUCUUGGUCAACAUACAGAUUUGUAGUCAAUACAACCGCCUCCUUCACAUGUAAAGAAGGAUUCUACAACCUUACAGAUACGGUGAUCGUCUGUGACAAAUUUGGAACCUGGUCAGAGUUUGAAUGCGUGCCAUUUUGCCGCCAAGCUGAUAUUGUCCCGAUAAAAAAUGGCAGUCCAAAACCAGGAGAUAACUAUACAAUAUAUACACAGGGCGAGUAUGUAUGUAACGUAGAUUUCUAUCUGUCGUCGGGCUCGAAAUUCGUAAGCUGUGACGUCAAAGGCACGUGGUCAGAACCGGAAGUAACAUGCUUUCAAUUUUGCAAGCAAAUAAAUAUUCCGACUGUGUCCAAUGGACACCCGCUUCAUGGAACACUUUAUAAUCAUACUACGACAGCACGAUACGAAUGUGACCCCGGAUUCUACUUGUCAGAUGGUUCACCGGAAGUUGCAUGCAAUACGGAUGGUACAUGGUCUACACCGAAAAUAGAAUGUUACCCGUUCUGUCAACAACCUGUUAUAGCAAAUGGCUUUCUACAGAAUCCAGCAUCUGAGCCUAUAAAGAAGGACGUGUCGGUGGUGUACAGCUGUAACUAUGGCUACAACGCUUAUCCGCACGUUACUAAUCCUACUGCAGUUUGCCAGAAAACCGGCUCGUGGACAUACUCUGCGGCAUGUAAUAAAAAUUGUGGUGACGCACCAAACUAUACAUGGGAAAAGAUUAUCGGCUAUUCCUCUGGACCUCCGUACACUACAGGGACACUUGUUUACUAUAAAUGUGUUGAAGUAGGCUUACAUUUUAGUGCAGGUGGAGGGGACAAAAAGACAUGUAACUCGAAUGGGGAAUGGAGUGAAAGUUGUGGUGUAUCACCACUAAAGUGUGAGGGUAUCGCACAUACUGAUCCUGCAAAAAAGGCCAACAUCUUAAAUAAGCAAUUUGAAUCGGUCUUCUUACGUCCCCAACCCAUAAGCCUCAAACAGAUCUGUAGAAGUUUAGUGAAUCCUCCAAGUGCUUCCAUGCCUCCAGUCAGCAUAACAGUUGAGGGUAUAGACAAACUCCUUAGUGGUCUCAGCCCAAACAAAGCUUCAAGCCCAGAUUAG